AUGACUGGGAAAACCAACACAUACAUGUCAACCGUCAUGUUCGCAUGCCAGUCCGGAUGUCGCAAAGUCUCAGGGAGCACCGCCAGGACUUGUCAGGCUGACGGGAGAUGGGCGGGAACACCGCUGGUUUGUGUCAAGGACUGCCUGAAGCUUGACAUCACCAACGCUAUUAGGACUGGCUCGAGCUAUAAGUACAACUCGAAGCUGAUGUUUGAAUGUGAGACGGGGACGAGUUAUGCAGGUGGCGAAAAGGAGAGGACUUGCCUGGCCGAUGGCACCUGGACUGGUUCAGACAUCGUGUGCCAGAUGGUAAAAUGUCCCUCCCUAUUGGCUCCUGCAAGAACUAAAAUGACUGGUACCAACAAUAUAUACGGCAGCGAAAUCUCGUUCAAAUGUCAGCCAGGUUCACGUCAGUAUUCUGGCUCUGUGACAAGAAGCUGUACAGAGGAUGGCACGUGGACUGGAACACUGCUUCUGUGUGUCAAGGACUGUGCAAAGCUUGACAUCACCAACGCCGUACGAUCGGGCUCAGUUUUCAUCUACAAUUCCAAACUCUCUUUUUCGUGUGCAUCUGGCACGCAGUAUACCUCUGGGGACAAAAGAAGGACAUGCCAGGCGGAUGGGACCUGGUCAGGAUCACAUAUUGUCUGCCAAGUGACAAAGUGUUCUACAUUGACGGCCCCUUCAGGCAGUCGCUAUACCAUAAGUCAAACAAGCAAAUCGGCAGUCUAUACUUGCAAGAGUGGUUACACUCAUGCAUGUGGUGCGGACACUAAGACGUGUUCCAACGGGAAAUGGGUGGGGAUUGUGGAUAUCGAAUGCUACAACGAGAUAGCGAUGUGGAACUUUGACAAAUACGACAGUCGUGUCAGACUGGACCCCUAUGGAAGAAGCGUGUUCGGGGUAGAUGGAAAGGUCGGUACGACCAUCCAAUUAUCCGGUCAUCGCUACAGUUACGCAGAAGUGAGAAGAGUAGAUAUCUCCCGGACAUCCUUCACGUUAAGCUUUUUAUUCAAGCAGACUGGCAAGAUAUCGCAACAUUUGCGUACCAUAUUCAGUGAUUGGAGAGUUUCGGGCAGAUCGCGGUGGCAAUUUCUGAUCAGGAUAUGGAAGGAUGAUAAAAUGUCAGUAAGCUUGAGAAGAAACAAAUACAACUCUGGGAGUGACCCACGGCAGAGUAUGAUAGAGUUGAAGACCAAUACUAAAUUCGAUGUCGCCUACCAGUGGUAUGCUGUUUCCUUCAUCUGGGACCGGCAGAAGAAGACUGGCACAUUCUACGUCAAUGGCAGGUACGAUUCGAUGGUGACUAGCACCCGCACUGACACAGAUCUACAGGACAGCUCAUACAAGCAGUGGUACCAGAUAGGCUACAAGGGUGAUUCUUACAACGAAUGGUUCCAGGGACACAUUGCUGGCAUGUCCAUAUUCGGAGAGGUACUCUCCGAGAAUUGUAUUCGGAUCAUACACAAAAAGAUCAACUAGAUGAAGUUGUCUACGAUAUGAGUCAGCACAACACCGACAUCUAAAUAAAGUCUCGUAUCCCCAACGGAGACACGAAAAGUGCUACUUUGUAUGCCUUAAAGUAAAGAGCAUACCUAUGUAUUCGCUAACCAAUUUUGCAAUCACAAAAUCUGAUUCUAAUAUCUAAAAUUGUUUAAGACUGUACAUACACUUUUGUACGAAAGUUAAUAAUGUCUUAACGAAGAAUCUUAGAAGACUCAUGUCAGGAUUUCAACCUGGGUAGAGAGGUAUGUAUAGAACAAUUAAAAAUAGAAAGAUUGGUGAAGAUGAACCUCAAAAUCAACGAUCAACAUCCAGAAAUAAAGAAAAUUAAUUUCAUUUGCUGAGUAUCAUUAUUAUUCAAUUC